AUGCUGCAUAGAAGGGGAAGAAAAGUACCGAUGUUAUUUGGAGUCGGAAAAUCCUGAAUUCAAGCCUGUGUCAGCAUUUGAAUUUGCACAUAACAGCAUCAGCAGGCGCUGCUUACAGUCCCGGCAGGUGGUUGGCAGCCACCCACCGGGGGAUACCCCCACGGUCCCGGGGAGCCCCACUCACACUCCACCCGCCGCCUCCGACGCGGCAGCCCCAGCCCUGCCGCCAUGGCCGGCGGCCGCCCCGCUGUGUGUACGACACGUUACCGGGCAACCGCGCCGGGACAUGUGACGGCACGGACCGGAGGUGAGCAGAGCGAGCCGGAAGUGGAGGUCGGUGCGUUCGGUGGUGCCGCUCCCCGCUCUCGUUGCUCCGCCGUCACGCUGGGCUCGGACACGGCGGCAGGCGGGGCCCGGUGAGGCCCGUGGGGUGCGCUCCGGUGCGAGGCCCGCGGCUGGAGCUGCAGCUGGAGCCAUGAAGUUUCUGUUGGUUUUUGAUUUUGACCAUACGAUCGUAGAUGAAAAUAGCGACACUUGGAUUGUGAGAUGUGCCCCUGACAAAAAGCUUCCCAAUGGGUUACAGAACUCCUACCGGCCGGGACACUGGACAGAAUACAUGGGCAGAGUCUUUGUCUACCUGGGGGACAGCGGCAUCCAAGAAGAUGACAUGAAAAGAACCAUGACAGCAAUUCCCUUCACUGCAGGCAUGGUCGAUCUUCUGGGCUUUAUUGGCAAGAACAAAGAGUUUUUUGACUGCAUCAUUGUUUCAGAUUCUAACACAGUAUUUAUUGACUGGAUUUUAAAAGCUGCUGACUUCCACGAGGUGUUUGAUGAAGUGUUUACAAACCCCGCAGCGUUCAGCAGUACUGGCUACCUGACCGUGCAGAACUUUCAUGCCCACCAUUGUCCAAAGUGCCCUAAAAACCUUUGCAAAAGGAAAGUUUUAAAAGAGUUUCUAGAUAAACAGUCAGAGAGAGGAGUGAGUUAUGCACAGAUUGCCUAUAUAGGUGAUGGUGGGAAUGACUUGUGCCCAGUGACGUUUCUGAGGAAGGGUGAUGUUGCUAUGCCCAGACGUGGGUAUACCCUAGAGAAAAAGAUUUCUCAGCUCUCUCAAGAUUUCUGUCCCAUAGAGUGUUCUGUUCUGGUUUGGUCAUCUGCUGUUGAAAUUAUGUCUUAUCUGAAGCUGCUUAUAAAAGAACAAUUGAAGUGAUAGGAAACUGAUAUAUAUAUUUUUCUUCCUUGGUGAGAAAUGCUGAAUGCUCGUGGAAACACAACAUUAUAGAAGUGGGAUAUUAGCUGAACCUGUGUUGUUUAAACUUAAUAUAAAAUCAUAUUUUCAGUUUUGUCAGUAGUGGGAAAGUGAUGUUCAGAUGGCUUUCAGGCAUAGUGUGAAUUCCAACAUUUGUGAGAAGUGGGGUCUGGGGGGAGGAGGGGCAGAGGGGGCUGCAUGAGGAAUCGCCAUUUCCUUUUGUCUUCUCUGUCUUGAGCCUUUACCAGCUGCCAAAGUGAUGUUCCAUGUGCUGUGAGGAAGGAGUAAGAUCAGUGCACAAAAGAAUAAUUAUAAAGAAUGUAUAUGCUUUACUUACCAGGAAUGUGAUUCUGGAACUUUUGGCUUUGAAUACUUUUUAAAAUCAGGAUAAGUGUUUAAUUUGUAAAUGAUUUGUUAUGUCUCUAAUGCUGUUUGAUCUGAAGAUGCAUUUAUAUUUUUAAUAUGCUGAAUUUUUUACCUGAAUAAAUUCCUUUUUAAAAGUUUGUAUUAAAGACAAUAAAUUUAC